AUGUCUUCUACUUUGACUCCAUCUGCCAGUGGUAUUAUUUCUACUACACAGAAAGCAGAUCUUUGGUCUAUACCUUCUGGAGAUCUUCCAACCAGGUGGUUCUCAGUUAAAAUUGUAGCUCUAAAGAAUCUGAUUAUUGGUUUUGUUUGUAUGUCUUUUCAAGUAAUAUUUAUAUUUCAAACCUACUAAUAAUUGUACCUUAGAUCAACAAACUAAAAUUCUACUUUCUGCUAAGAUCAAUUACUUGGAACAGGAACCAACUGGAUACUGUUGGCUAGUAAGAUCUGUGGACUCCAUGCUUGGCUUUCCAGACUUCUGGUCUCAGCUUGCCAAACCCCCUGGGAUAUCUUCUCAAUAUGCCAAAAAGUUUUCCAGCUAUAAUACCCAGGAUUACACUGCACUACUUUUUGCUAUGAGAAGUGGAGCUUUGAGGGCAGAAUGUACUACAGGAAGGAAGAGAUCUGCAUCUAAUCAAGCAUCAGGGGAGAUGCAGGUAGGUCUUAUUUCAUUGCAAGUUUUGAAUUCAAAAUAUUGACUAGAAAUAUUUUGUAGGAUAAAAGGACAAAAAGUGAGCCAGAGGGUAUAGAGGAUACAAGUGAACUGUCUUCUGAUGAGUUUUGGGAUGAUAAAGAAAUAGGAAAAGUUAUGGAGGGAGAACUGGAAAAAGUAGAAGAGCAAGCUGGUACAGAAAGUGUGGGACAAAGGGAGGAAGGAGAGAGAGUUGAGAACCAGACAAAAGAUAUAAAGGGUAAGUUUUAAAAAAGACAAAUUAUUAAAUUGUUAGAAGAUAGGCUAAUAAGAUACCAGAGUCUACAGAGUUUACAGAGACAGAGAGUUCUGUUUUUUAGGAGGAUGUUAUUACAGCUGCUGUAGGAAAAGGUACAUUGAAAAAUUCUACUUUCUUAAGUAGAAAGAAAAGACUAAAAAGAUAUUUACAGAGAAGGAAGUUGAUAUAUCUGACAAGAAAAAGAUAUCAUUAUUGUCUGAGAAUCAGAGAUUGUUUUUUCAUCAGGUAACUAUUCUCACUACUUUAAAUUUCUGACAAUAAUUAUCUUUCUAAUUUAAGAUUUAGUUAGCAGAAGGAAACCUGAAGCAUCCUUUAAAACCAGAGGAGCUUUGGACAAUUCCUACAAUCCAAAAAGAGGCAGUGAAUCAGAAAGGUCAAGGAAAGACUGAAAUUCAGGACCUGGAAGAGAUUGAAAAAACUGAGAGUAAGAUCUAAAAUAUUCUGAAAUAAGCUGAAGAGUGCUAACUAGAACUUAGGAUUACUACAAUCUUAUAAGUUUGAUCUUUUUCUAAAAAGAAAGCUAGAACAGUCACAUCAAAUUCUGGUUGAUAGAGAUUAUUAUCAGCACCAGAUGGCUAUUAAGGAGGAGGCAAUAGCAGAUAGGAGUAUUUUAGGUACACAGUUGAUUGAAUUACAGAAGGAGCAGGAAGAUAUAGACCAAAGGACUAUAGAAAUGAAGGAGAAAAUAGCUCAGUUAGAGAAGAAGUUAGGAGAAGAAGUAAGAACUAGAAAGAAGUUGGAAUUAAGGGAAGAGGGGGCAAGAGAAGCAAGUGCUAAGUUAGCAAACUUGAUUGAGAAAGCUAAUAUGCUAGCUAAAGGGCAAUUGAAGUAG